UAUGCGGCCGUGCGGGACAGACGUUUUGCAUGGGCACGAGUGCUCGUUCAUUUGAAUGGACUCCCGUGUCCGUGACACGCAGGGAAGAAGUCCCUGCACUUCUUUGGAAAACGUAGUCUGCACGGGAACCUCGUUUCCCACUAUGGUUGCGUUUUCCAGUGCGGGCGGCAUGCCGUUAGAACUAAUGGCACCCGCCCGCGGGUCCGCAAUUCUCUGUACAGGUGGUGCGGCUGAAUGGAUUUUCGUGCGGAUCCACAGCGGCACCACCCACGCAUAUGUGAAUCUAGGGUAAGACUAUCCUAUCUACACAGUGACAACACUGCUAUGUGAUUUUGCUGCAGAAUGAACAGCAUUGUCACCCUACUACCAAAUUGUAAAAACAUGGCAGGAUUAACAGGUGAUAAU